AUGGCCUCCAAGAACGUCAACGUGCCCGAACUGGGCUUCUGGGAGAAGGCAGAUCUACCUUUCGCUCAGCUGAGUAUUGGGGCCAAUGCCCUCAUGGCGACACUUACGGGCGUCUUUCGAGGCCAGGCCAGCCCCAAGAAAUUUAGCCAUCAUGUUACUGCUGCCGCUAUCCGCCGGCUCUGUGAUCGCACAUCUGAUCGCCAGAAGCAAUAUAUGUAUCCGAUGACGACCGAUGUUUAUACUUCGGUAAUGGAGAAGCGCGGCCUUCAGCCAGAGAUCGUGUCUCUCCCCCACGAUACGGAAGGCUUCUGGCUAGGAAACAAGAACGCAAAGAACGUCGUCAUCUACUAUCACGGCGGCGGCUUCGCGAUGGCAGCCGUGCCCCCACAUUUCGAGUUCUGGCUCGACCUGCUAGAGGUAGUCAACGACACCAGCCACGACAUCGCCGUCUUCUUCCCUCGCUACACACUCACUCCCCAUGGGACAUAUCCGACACAGCUGCGCCAAGCCAUCGGCGCGCUGCGAUACAUCCUCAACGAGACAGGCCGAUCGCCCAGCGACGUGGUCGUGGGAGGCGACUCCGCCGGUGGCAAUCUGGCCAUGGCGACACUGCUGCAUCUAUCGCACCCGCAUCCAGAAAUCGAGCCUAUCUCGCUGACGGAGCCUCUGGCGGGCGUGUUUGGCUUUUCGCCGUGGGUCAACUUCAACGGGGACUGGCCUUCCAUGAAGGAGAAUGAGUGGAAGGAUAUUAUUACCCCCGGAGUACUGAAGACUUGGUCCACUGCUUAUGUUGCAGGUGCAGAAGGUGAUAACUGGAAUGAGCCGGACAGGGCGCCUGUGGAGUGGUGGAAGGAUGCGAAGACGGAGUGCAUUUUGAUCUUGGCUGGUAGUGAUGAAAUCUUGCUUUCGCCGAUUGAAAAUUUUGCGAAGAAGAUCAAGUCUGUCUUCCCGAACACCACCUUCGUCGUUGGCUAUGAUGAGUCACACGAUGCGCACUUGUACGUUGAGGCCGGAUCAAAGGAUGGAACUCAAACGGGCAGGGAACUGCGCCGGUGGAUCGCUUCUCGUUUAUAA